AAAAAGAAAAAAAAAGAGAGGGAGGGAACGAGGGCUAGAGAGAGAGAGAGAGAGAGAGAGAGGAGAGGACGGCGAUCCCAAUUCGAAUCGGACUAUAUCUAUCGCCGUGUCUCUCUAGUCUUCUUCAUCUCCUUGGCCUCCUCUUAGAUUGAUCUGGUCACCCUCCUUCCAUCGAUGGGAACGCCGGAGUUCCCCGAUCUCGGUAUGCACUGCAGCGUCGAAGACUGCCAGCAGAUCGACUUCUUGCCCUUUACGUGCGAUCGGUGCAACAAGGUAUUUUGUCUGGAGCACAGAAGUUACAUCAAACACCUCUGUCCAAAUGCAAACCAACAGGAUGUGACUGUCCUAGUGUGCCCACUCUGUGCUAAAGGAGUUCGCUUGAUCCCAAAUGAAGACCCUAAUAUCACAUGGGAGUCUCAUGUAAACAGUGACUGUGACCCAUCAAACUACCAGAAAGCAACCAAAAAAAAACGAUGUCCUGUUCCUGGCUGCAAAGAAAUACUAACUUUUUCUAACACGUUAAGAUGUAGAGACUGCACCAAAGAACACUGCUUGAAGCAUAGAUUUGGGCCUGACCACAAGUGUCCUGGACCAAAAAAACCAGAUUCUGGCUUCCCAUUUAUUGGUCUGCUAAAUAGGAGUCAGAAACGCGAGUCGUCAUCGAAUAACUGUUCAAAUGGUUCCUCGUGGUGGGGUUCAGGCUUGCUUAGCGCAGCAUCAAAUUUGAGGGCUUCUGCUGAAGCAGGCAUGCAGAAACUAGGCAAUGCAACUACCCAAGCUUUGCAAAGGGCAAAGGAUGGAACGGCACAGGGCAGUAGGGGCGGUGCACUUUUGGAGCAGUGUACUCAAUGUCCAGCGAGGUUCUCCACUGUGUCUGCUUUGAUUGAGCAUGCUGAAAAAUCUCAUCAGCGCAAUACUCAGCAGGCUCAUAGUAGGGUGAUGAUCGAUGUGUGCCCCAAAUGUAGCAGAGGAUUUCAAGAUCCAGUAUUGUUGGUGGAGCAUGUUGAGAGGGAUCAUGGAGGGUCUUCAAUUGCUUAAAAUUGGACCUGCGUUACCAAAACUGCCGUUGCUGUUAUAAGUGUGCAUAUGGAUGAGGAUCUUCAAGCAGAUUCAUAUUAGCUCGUAUUGCUGGAUGGAUAAUCGUUGCUUCUGCUUUGUUUGCUGCAAGCAGUCUACUUUCGCUGUAGUGUGCUCAAAUGCUGGCGUUCUCCAAUUAUUGGAGAUAUUACAUCAACAUCGAAGUUAUUUGACAUUGUUGCUUAAUUCCUGUUGCCUGAUUGGAUUGAGAAAUGACUUUUUCCUCUCUCUUUUUGUCUUCAUCAUUUGAUUAAAAGUUGGUUCUACUUCGAUAUGUCUAUACAUGCGACUAUGUUGAUGGCUAUUUAUGGCAUUAGAAAUAAUCGAUAAGAUGAUACCCAUUUAAUAUGAUGUCAUCAACAAAUGAA